CUUCGGAGAAAGUUUUUUCUUUUUUUUUUUUUGUUCUCUGUUUGGCAGAGAGAGAAAAAUCGGAGGCGUCGCCAGUGAUCACGAGGGGACCCGGGACAACGCCGCCUCUCGACUCUCGUCGUCGAACGUCCAACGUCGAAUUAGAAUAAUGACGGACGGUCGUGGUUGAUCGGGCAGGAAGUGAUAAAGGUUACGUUCAGCGACCCGCGGUCCGCGUGCCCCGAGACGCGCGAGCGAGCGAGCGAGCGAUUUCCACGGGAAAAGGGCCGCGCCACGGAUGCGGCAGCAUAUCCGAACGAGGAAGAAAAGAAUACGACACACUGAGUCACGUGCGAACCAGUCCCUCCCACUUGCGGACGCGGUGCCCGCGGAUUUCAGUGCACUGAAAAUCGUAACAUCGCGAACCUCUCCCGAAACGGCGUUCUCUGCUCCGCGCCUCUGCCUCCUCCUUCGCGAUCGAGAAAUCACUUGAUCCGAAGACGCAAUCGGGAUCGUUUCGGUGGAACAUCAUCCGAUCAACCCGGACCGUGGAAAAGAGAAAUUUGCAGGAUCGCAGUGAAUCCCGACAGUGGGCGACGAGGGAUUUCGAAGGAGAGUGAAUCGAAGGAGAGAUCGGGAGAGAAGAUCGGGAGCGAACAACGAGUGAUUCACCGCCUCGGGAAAACGCGGGUGGACGCGAGUUGUUCAUCGGCGCCCUCUGCGGUGUCGAGCCGCGGUACGGCCCUGGUGCACGUUUUCGCCGGCACACACCACUUACGAAAAAUUCAGCAUCGCCGUGCGGCGGAGUUGGUUAAUCAGGAAGCGGGCACGUUUUUCCGCGACACGCGCACGGAGGAGACGAGAUUCGACUAGCGACUGGCGACCACAGUGUGUCUCGUCCUCGUGCCUAGCGUCGUCGUGUGGAACCGCCAACGAGUGUGCGGUCGGAGCGACGCACGCGGAGAUCGGUGCUCGUCAGCCGAGAGAUCUUUGAAAGAAAACGAGAGAAAGUGGGAAGAAUCGGCGCGCUGUCUACCACCAGAGCCAGCGAUUCUUCUUCUCAGCGGCUCGCUAAGUCGAUAAGAGCCGAGUCGUAUAUCUACGCGUGAUCUGUCCUUUCUCGCCGUGCAGUUUCGUCAUCCGACUCUUUUUUUUCUUUUCUUUUGUUUCUUUCUUUCCUUCUCCUUCUUUUUCUUCGUUUUACCCACCGCCCUAGCAGGGCGGCAAGUUUCGUGAGACAGGCGGUGAAAUAGGUGCGCGAGUGAGUGAAAACGAGGAAAACUGAUCGGUCUCGCGAAUCAGUGUCGGAUGAACUGGAAACACGGUUCGUACGAAGUGGAAGAGGAUGGUGACGAGGACGACGAGGAGGAGGACGACGACGACGACGAUGAUGACAACAAUGGUGACGAGCAUGACCGAGACGAGGAUGACGAGAGACUGCUAAAUCGAAGAUCCACGAGACACGAGUUUAGAUACAGAAGUCUGACCGCUACACGCUUUAGCCGCAAACUAACAAACCAAAAGCACGCGGAUUGGAGGAAAAUGGCUGAUCCGGACUAGAGUCGGGAAAAAUCUCACGCUACUCUCCUUUCUCCUCGUUUCUUUCGCUCUGUCUCGUCGUGUCAGUUCUCUAGCUUUUCUCGUUGCUUCAGCUGGUCUCACAAAACUCACGCUUUCGCUACGCUCCGCAAUUUAAAAUAAAAAAAAAAAAAAAACGAGAGAGAGAAUAUCAAAAAUACUAGUAAUAAACGUACGGAAGAGAUCGUGGAAAAUUCGCGCACGAAAUAAUCAAGGAUCGACCGUAAACGGAGUUAUAUACCAGGCUUUCGCGGGGAACGAUCGAUCGAAUAGGUGCACACGGAAUGAGAGAGAGAGAAAGAGAGAAAGAAAGAGAGAGAGAGAGAGAGAGGGUGGUGUGCACGGAAAACAGGGAGAAAGAGGGAGGUAACGUGGUGAUUAGUUGCAGUGUUUUGGAAAACAAUGCGCGAAAUUUCGCCGGUGAUAAAUAAUAAAAGAGAGAAAUAAAGUGUAAUGUCAGGGGGAAGAGGGAGGGAGGGGGUGGGGGGGGGAGAGAAACGAAGUGGCGCGCAGGGCUCGCGCGCGUAUGAAUAAACAACGCGGGCAUAUGUAUUGUCCAUUAUCGAAUAAAAAUUAAAUAAAGUACGAAACAGAGAUGGUCGUUUGGAAACUUGAAA